GGAGGGGCGGGCCGGGCCUCCGCCCCCAGAGGUCAGCUCCCUGCUAGUCCCUGCGCCGCGGAGAGCUCCGCUGGGUCUCGUCGUCGCCGCCUUUGUGUGCGCAGCAUGGCUUUCGUUACCCGCCAGUUCGUGCGCUCCGUGUCCUCCUCGUCCACUGCCUCGGCCUCGGCGAAGAAGAUCAUCGUCAAGCACGUGACGGUUAUCGGCGGCGGGCUGAUGGGCGCCGGCAUCGCCCAGGUUGCUGCAGCAACUGGCCACACAGUAGUGUUGGUGGACCAGACAGAGGACAUACUGGCAAAAUCUAAGAAGGGGAUUGAGGAAAGCCUUAGGAGAGUGGCCAAGAAGAAGUUUGCAGAAAACCCCAAGGCGGGCGAUGAAUUUGUGGAGAAGACCCUGAGCAGCAUAUCGACCAGCACGGACGCGGCAUCUGUAGUCCAUAGCACGGACCUGGUGGUGGAGGCCAUCGUGGAGAAUCUGAAGGCGAAAAACGAGCUCUUCAAGAGGCUGGACAAAUUUGCCUCUGAACACACCAUCUUUGCCAGCAACACUUCCUCUCUGCAGAUCACCAACAUAGCCAAUGCCACCACAAGACAGGACCGAUUCGCCGGACUCCAUUUCUUCAACCCAGUGCCCUUGAUGAAGCUUGUGGAGGUCAUUAAAACACCAAUGACCAGCCAGAAGACUUAUGAAUCUCUGAUAGACUUCACCAAAGUCCUGGGAAAGCAUCCUGUUUCUUGUAAGGACACUCCUGGGUUCAUUGUGAACCGUCUCCUGAUACCAUACCUCAUGGAAGCAAUCAGGCUGUAUGAACGAGGUGACGCAUCCAAGGAGGACAUUGACACCGCUAUGAAGCUGGGAGCUGGGUACCCCUUGGGCCCAUUUGAGCUUCUCGAUUACGUGGGGCUGGAUACUACAAAGUUCAUCAUGGACGGGUGGUAUGAAAUGGAUCCAAAGAACCCCCUGUUUCAGCCCAUCCCGUCCUUGAAUAAGCUGGUAGCGGAGAACAAGUUUGGCAAGAAGUCUGGAGAAGGAUAUUACAAAUACAAGUGAGGCGCAGCUUCUCUGGCUCCGGGAGGAACCCCGCAAGCGCAUACCAGCAGCAUCCCCAAGUGCCCGUGGGAAUGUUCUUUGGUCAGAUGUUCCCCCACACAGCACAGUCUGUUCGAUGUGCAUUUUGAUUGUAAUCUGUCUGAAGUAAUUAUUUACACUCGUUAUCAUAGCAGAUUCCUCCAUUGAGAACUAAUUCCCUUUUUUAGUCUGUGCGUUUCUGUGUAUUUUCUAAAAAGCUUUACGCCCUUGGUGCCUUGGAGCAAACAUUUCUUUUGAACCUUACCAUUUUCGUAAAGAAUUGCCUGGAUUGAUUCACUUGUGAAGGGGACAGUGCUUCCUCCGAGUGCAUGCUGUGUUCACCAUGGCCACACGGGCGAGUCCUGAGCCAUUGGACGCGUAUGUGGCCUGUCUGUGAAGUGCUGCAGGGAGCAGCACCUGCGUCUUGCCUUUCUGAGAACAUUUGCUACCUGCAGCUUCAAGCCUUACCCUACAUUUUGGGCACGACCUAAAAUGUCAUGUCUUUAUUCAGCUCAUGCUGUUGGAUUGGUGGGAAUACCUCCCAUGUACUUGGUUCGCAGGGAGAGGCUUCAUUCACAUCCAGAAUCUGAAUGAUUAUUGUCUGACUGUCUCUUUUUUUUUUUUUUUUCAUGAGAAAUCAUUGCUGCAGACUGCCUGUAAAUUGAUUCUAAUAAAAUGCAAUCUUUUAAUAUGUGAAAA